AGUAAAUUUGGCUCAUAUAUUGGGGGACGGUGAAAAAUGGUUGGUAGAUUUAUUUCAUGCAACUAUACAUGCAUCAGAGGAAGAAUCUGCAUUCUGUAAAGCCUUUACGGUCGUAACAAAGAUGUUUUCAUACUAUCCCAAGUCAGUACGAGAAGAAUGUGGACAAGAAAUAUGGCAGCAGUACACACAACCUUUAAAAAUGACCUCUGAUGGAAAUGUUGAUUCUGACUCCCUGUGGAAAUCAUUAUAUGUCUUUUACUGCCUGAAGAACUAUUUCUUCCCUCUGGAAGAAUCGGUCAAAGAAGACUUGGUGUUUAACCUAAGUAGUGAUAAUUUCUGGACUAUUGUGCAGGCGGGUCUUGUGGGUGUUGAUCCCUCUCAUCGCAAACUGUCCAUGUAUCUCCUGAAACGGCUAGUUGACACGUGUAAUAAGAAUAAGUGCACACUUAACGCACCAGUUGCUGGUGAAACUACUUCAAAGAAAUUUAGUGACAAAGUUCCUCUAUUUUGGUGGUCACCUAAAUACGGUGACCAGCUGACAGUUAUAUGGGAUCAUUUCUUUUUAAUGAUAGAGACUCUAGAAGAAAAGCAGGUUUGUAUACAAAUUCUACUUUUCAUAUAUUAUUAUCAUGUAAUCUUUGAAAACUAUUAUUAGAAAUCCUUGUUUCAAAAUAAAUUUGCCGUAGUAAAUUUAAGCUCUCUUUUUUUUUUAAAAUAUAUGCCAAAUCUAUUAGAAAAAACAGACAUUUAUUUCAUUCAAAACUAGUUUACUUACUUAUACUAAAUAUUGGGUACAUCUUAGUUUUCUAGACAAAAUAGACAUAUUACUGGUACAUCUUAAUUUUAUAGAGUAAAAAGACUUAUCACUGGGACAUCUCAGUCCUUGACUAAAUAAUCACCAAUGAUUUAUCGUAAACAGUUGAGUUGUUGAUGGAUGUUUGACUGGAACAAUGAGCUGUUGAUAGAAGACUGAGUUGUUGAUGGAUGUUUGACUGGAACAAUGAGCUGUUGAGCUGUUGAUAGAAGACUGAGUUGUUGAUGGAUGUUUCUCUGUUAUCUCCUCAAUAGGUUCAUGUCAUCAAGCCAUUACUUCCCAGAAUGCAGAAACUUCUUGAUGCCAGUUCCAUAACCUCUGAAGAAGGUAACUGUAGAAAACACUUAUUAACCUUAGAUAUUUCUGAAUAUUUCAAGUUAUUGAACGUACAGUAGACAAUCAUGAACACUUGUGACAUGUUCACUUCAAAUGUUAUGUCAGGAGUACAAUGAAGUUUUGCUUUACAGGUCUUCCGUUACUUCACUCCUCAUGGCUGGUUACCAUAGUUACGCGAUGCUUUCACCACGACAGUAUAUAUAUGUCUCGAUGGGGUGCGCAGAUAUUACUGAACUUGGAUUUGAAUAAAGUUCCAUUAGUUAAACAUCACCAGCUCAAGGUGGGCAAACUUUAAGCAUGCGGAAUAAGAAGUUCAAUUAAUUUGGACUGAUUUUAAGCACAGUGUAAAUAUUUUUAAAAGUCUUUCAAUUAUGAGUGACAAGACAGAUAUGUUGUUUUGUUAAAAAUAUUUUCAACUGUUUAUAGGAAUUGAAUAUUUGUAUUUUCUGAAGGAAAAGUUUGAGUACUUUAAGGAAUAUUUGUAUAUCGUGUGAAGAAAUUGAUGAAUGUAGGUUGUUCUAAAUAUAGUUACAGCAUGUUGACAAUGAUAUUCCACAGUUUUUGUCACAUGACCUCUUGAUGUACCUUCAAGAAAACAAACUUUACAGUCGGUAUGUAAAAUAUUUAUCUAAAAUGGAAUCAAGAAUCGAAAUAAGUAUUAUGGUAUAAAUUGAAUUUUUUGAACAGUUCCUAGUUAUUAUGUGUUUAUUAUGUGGUAUUGAGAAGACAAUGGCUUUAUACACUCCUGCUGUACUAGUGCACACUCCAAUUGCUCCACAUGCACCUGCCUGCUCCAAUGCAUUACUUACUAAUGCACAGCACACUCCCAAUGUUGCACACCUGCUUGCCCCACUGUAUUAUUUGCUCAUGCACAGCACACUCCCAAUGUUCCACAUGCACCUGUCUGACCCACUGCAUUUAGCUCUAUUAUCCCUGAUUAAGGCUUUUAACUACUAAACUCUCUUAAAACAAACAUCUGCUACGGUUACUGCUAUGCUUGGGAGAACAUCCGUCUUCUUGAAGAUAAAUUUCAGAACGUUUUUAACUUAGUAAAUUCCGAGAGUUUGAAGUUAAGCUUGGCUCUCCAAAUGUUUGAGAUGUUUAUUAAUCUUAGAUGAUGAAACCAUUGAAAAGAUUCUUAUUGAAACUGUAGAAUCUAUUGACAAAAAUGUUAUUGACCCAAUGGUGGCAAAUGACUCGGUUAUGUGCAGUAGAUGGUGGGUUAUGUGGAUUAAUGGACUUAAAUAGUGAGAUAUGUACAUUAGAGGGCUUCAAUAGUGAGAUAUGUGCAUUAAGGGGCUUAAAUAGUGAGAUAUGUGCAUUAAGGGGCUUAAAUAGUGAGAUAUGUGCAUUAAGGGGCUUAAAUAGUGAGAUAUGUGCAUUAAGGGGCUUAAAUAGUGAGAUAUAUCAAUAAGGGGGCUUAAAUAGUGAGAUAUAUCAAUUAGGGGGCUUAAAUAGUGAGAUAUGUGCAUUAAGGGGCUUAAAUAGUGAGAUAUGUGCAUUAGGAGGCUUAAAUAGUGAGAUAUGUGCAUUAUGGGGCUUAAAUAGUGAGAUAUAUGCAUUAGGGUGCUUAAAUAGUGAGAUAUGUGCAUUAGGGGGCUUAAAUAGUGAGAUAUGUGCAUUAAGGAGCUUAAAUAGUGAGAUAUAUGCAUUAGGGGGCUUAAAUAGUGAGAUAUGUGCAUUAAGGGGCUUAAAUAGUGAGAUAUGUGCAUUAAGGGGCUUAAAUAGUGAGAUAUGUGCCUUAGGGGGCUUAAAUAGUGAGAUAUGUGCAUUAAGGGGCUUAAAUAGUGAGAUAUGUGCAUUAGGGGGCUUCAUCAUCAGUGGCGUUUAGCCUAUGCAGGGCCCUGGCCUGCUCCACCACAUUAUUCCAUUCGGAACGUUCCAUGGCAUUCCGACUCCAUGCGCGAACUCCCAACUGGUGUAAAUCUUUUCUACAUCGUUGAUCCAUCUUAGCCUUGGGCGACCGGUUAGUCGUCUGCCCCUAGGUUUCUGCCUGUAUAUCACUUUUGCUGCUCUACAUUGUGGGUUAUGUGCAGUAGUGGGCUUACAUUGUGGGAAAUAAUCCAUAUAAUUUAUUUUAAGUUUUCAUUUCAUCUUUCAGAUAUGAAGGAACAUUUCUGGGUAAUUGUUCACCGAUUGGCCAAGCACUGAAAACAUUUUUUGCAAACCUCUUUUCUUCACUCACAAAAGACCAAAAAGGUAAAAGCAAGUGUUCUAUUCUUUAAAUGUUGUCAGUUAGUUGUGUUGUCUUUGUAGCAUCUGAAAAGUCAUCAAAUCUCUUUGGAUCCCCUUAACUCUGGUCUAGGUGCUAUGCUACUCCCCUUAACUGUGGUCCGGGUGCUAUGCCACUCCCCUUAACUGUGGUCCGGGUGCUAUGCCACUCCCCUUAACUGUGGUCUAGGUGCCAUGCUACUCCCCUUAACUGUGGUCCGGGUGCUAUGCCACUCCCAUUAAUUGUGGUCUGGGUGCUAUGCCACUCCCCUUAACUGUGGUCCGGGUGCUAUGCCACUCCCCUUAACUGUGGUCCGGGUGCUAUGCUACUCCCCUUAACUGUGGUCCGGGUGAUAUGCUUCGGUUAUAUUUUUGUUCAAUCCUUACCAACUUUGUCGUAGAUGUGGAAAUAUUGAGUUUAUUUUAUUUUGUUGACUCGAUGCUGAGAAGCCCCUUUGCCUUCUUUAUUUCAUAUUUCAGUGGAGUAUCUGAGAAAUCUGCUCCAGAUUAUUUGUGACAACAGUUGGGGCUCCAUCCCAAUGGUGUUUGUGUUUCAAGGCUUGAGUCAUGUUCCAGCAGAUCCUGUUGUUGGGCCAGAGCUGCUACAGCUGAUAAGGUGGUUUAAGUUUCUCAGAUUGCUAGCUACAUCAUGUCCAGUGUUUCAUUUUGGCUUAAAAUUCUGUAAACAUUUAAAAAAUUUGUGUGUGCAUUGUAACUAUGAGAUAAGAUCAGAUUCUUUUAUUGAUCCAAUCAAACGGAAAUGUUUUUUGAUUGGGUUGUACAUUUUCAGCAUAUAACUAAAACAAUUUGAACACAAGACAUCUACAUUAAAUUAUUUCACUUGUGGAAAAAAACAGCCAUUCAGUGAAUUCUCUUGGCCGUAUCGGGGACCUUAUUAGUUCUCAUUUAGAUUUGUGACUUCUGGGGGAGCACGCUGGUUAAAUUGUACGGAUAGGGGAACAUUUAUACAAACAAGCUUAGACUUUCCAAGAAGAAUUGACUUAUUAAGUAUAGGCAUUAUAACUCAAAUAUGCUUCUCAUUGCUUGUUUGUUGUGUCAUCUAAUUUGAAAAGAAGACAAAUGAUAUAGAUUGACUUCAUCUUAUUAUUUGUUUUCUUGUUUCGAAAGGCAGGUGCUUCAGACGUGCUUGACAUUCCAUGAAAUAGUUACCAGAGGAG